GUUGUGGCGGGGCCUUCAGUCCUGUGGCCGUUCCGUUCUUUCCCUCCACCCUUUUCGUGCUGUGCACCUCAGCUACACGCGGCUCUUGAUGCCUGAAGACCCAAAGCGGCCCCGGCGGGAGGAACAAGCCAUGACGCCACAGAUCGGCACCCACAAUGGAACGUUCCACUGCGACGAGGCGCUGGCGUGCUUCCUGCUGCGGACGGUGGAGCCUUACAGGGUGCGGGGGCAUGGAUGCAGAGAUCGUCAGGACCCGGGACCCCCAACUCUUGGCUCAGUGUGAUGUAGUGGUGGAUGUGGGUGGAGAAUAUGACCCUUCUAGGCACCGCUAUGACCACCAUCAGAGGUCAUUUUGUGAGACCAUGCAGAGCUUAUAUCCUGACAAGCCGUGGGUCACCAAGCUGAGCAGUGCGGGGCUGGUAUAUGCCCACUUUGGCUCACAGAUUCUCGCCACCCUACUAGGCAAAGAGGAAGAAGAUCCCAUCAUCUCUGUGCUGUACGACAAGAUGUAUGAGAACUUUGUUGAAGAAAUUGAUGCAAUUGACAAUGGUAUAUCACAGUUUGAUGGAGAUCAGCGAUACUCUGUAACCACAACUCUGAGUGCCCGUGUGGGGCACCUAAAUCCUCGCUGGAAUGAACCUGAUCAAGACACUGAGGCUGGUUUUAAAAAAGCAAUGGAAUUGGCCGGAUCAGAGUUUGUGUCACGCUUGGAUUUCUAUCAUCGCUCUUGGCUACCAGCUCGGGCUUUAGUGGAGGAGGCGAUCAGGAAAAGAAUUCAGGUGGAUGAGAGUGGUGAGGUGAUUGUCCUGGCACAGGGUGGCUGCCCAUGGAAGGAACACCUCUUCCAACUAGAGAAAGAGCUUGGUCUGGAAAAGCAAGUGAAAUAUGUACUGUAUCCUGACCAGAGCGCAAAGUGGAGGGUGCAAUGUGUCCCUACAGGCCCAAACACUUUCCUGAACCGUCUGUCUCUCCCCGAGGAUUGGCGCGGACUUCGCGCAGAUGAUCUCUCUUCUGUUAGCGGGAUACCAGGCUGCAUCUUUGUUCAUGCCAGUGGAUUUAUUGGUGGAAAUGAGACCCAAGUAGGAGCACUAGAAAUGGCACGAAAAGCACUGAGAUCCUAGGGCGCUUCCUCUAAAAAUAGGACAAAACACAGCAACAACAUCUCCUUGUAUUUAUAUUGUGACAUCAGUAAAUAUUUUUGUAUACAAGUUUUUGUCAAUCAGUA